AAAUAUGGCUGAUGCCUUUGUAUCAUUUGCAGUUCAAAAAUUGGGUGAUUUCCUCAUUCAGGAAAUUAACCUACGUUUAAGUCUAAGAGAGGAUGUGCAGUGGCUGCGGAACGAGCUUCUCUUCAUGCAGUCUUUCCUCAAAGAUGCAGAACUAAAACAAUAUGGAGAUCAUAGAGUUCAACAAUGGAUGUUUGAAAUCAAUUCUGUUGCGAAUGAUGCUGUCGCUAUACUCGAGACUUACAGCUUUGAGGCUGGUAAACGUGCUAGUCGUCUCAAGGCUUGCGCUUGCAUAUGUAGGAAGCAGAAGAAAUUCCAUAAUGUUGCCAAGGAGAUCCACUCACUCAAGCAAGGAAUCAUGGAUAUCUCUCGCAAACGAGAUACUUAUGGUAUUACAAAUAUCAAUAGUAAUGCUGGAGAAGGGACAAGUAAUCAGUCUGCAAUGGCUACAACAUUGAGGAGAACUACCUCAUACAUAGAUGAUGAUCACAUUUUUGUUGGCUUUCAGGAUGUUGUACAAACAUUGCUAUCUGAACUUCUCAAAGCAGAGCCUCGUCGAAGCGUCCUCUCCAUUUAUGGAAUGGGCGGUUUAGGCAAGACCACUCUUGCGAGGAAACUUUACACCAGUCCUAUUAUAGCCUCUAGCUUCCCUACGCGUGCUUGGAUAUGUGUUUCUCAAGAGUACAACACAAUGGAUCUUCUUAAAACUAUCAUAAAAUCCAUCCAAGGUUGCGCCAAGGAAACUCUAGAUUUGUUGGAAAAGAUGGCAGAGAUAGAUCUAGAAAAUCACCUUCGUAAGCUAUUAACAGAACGCAAAUACCUUGUGGUGGUUGAUGAUGUAUGGCAGAGAGAAGCAUGGGAAAAUUUGAAAAGAGCAUUCCCGGAUAGCAAGAAUGGCAGCAGAGUUAUUAUUACCACACGCAAAGAGGGUGUCGCUGAAAGAGCAGACGACAGAGGUUUUGUCUAUAAACUUCGUUUCCUAAGCCAAGAAGAAAGUUGGGAUCUCUUUUGUAGGAAACUACUUGAUGUUCGAGCAAUGGUUCCAGCAAUGGGAAGUCUAGCUAAGGAUAUGGUGGAAAGGUGCAGAGGCUUACCUCUUGCAAUUGUUGUAUUGAGCGGACUACUUUCGCAUAAAAAGGGGCUAGACGAAUGGCAAAAGGUGAAAGACUGCUUUUGGAAGAACAUUAUUGAAGAUAGAGCUAUUGAAAUCUCCUGCAUACUAUCAUUAAGCUUCAACGAUUUGUCGACUGCGCUCAAGCAGUGUUUUCUGUACAUUGGUAUUUUUCCAGAAGAUCAAGUGAUUGAUGCUGAAAACAUAAUAUGUUUGUGGAUGGCAGAGGGUUUCAUCAUACCAAGAGGAGAAGAAAGAAUGGAGGAUGUCGCUGAAGGCUUCUUGAAUGAGCUGAUAAGACGAAGCUUGGUUCAAGUGGCUGAAACAUUUUGGGAAAAAGUUACUGAAUGUAGGGUUCAUGAUUUACUCCGUGAUCUUGCGAUACAAAAGGCAUUGGAGCUAAACUUCUUUGACGUUUAUGAUCCAAGAAGCCACUCCAUAUCCUCCUCAUGUAUCAGACAUGUGAUUCAUAGUCAAGGAGAAAGGUACCUCUCACUUGAUCUUUCUAACUUAAAGUUGAGGUCAAUUAUGUUCUUCGAUCCAAAUAUUUGUAAUAUGAGUCUUAUAAACUUCAGUAUUAUGUUCCAACAUCUAUAUGUGUUGAACUUGGAUAAACGUGGUGGUUCUAUACCUAUAGUACCUGAUGCCAUCGGAAGUUUGUACCACCUCAAGUUCUUAAGAUUGAGAGAUAUCCAAUAUGUUCCUUCUUCCAUUGGCAACCUCAAGAAUCUACAGACACUUGUUGUCAAUGAGGGCAGACAGUAUUGUGUACUACCCCCCGAAACAGCUGACCUAAUAAAUCUAAGACAUUUAGUUGCUUGGUAUUCAGAACCUCUGAAACAUCUAAGCAAACUCACUAGUCUUCAUGUUUUUAAAGGCAUUGGUUGUAAUCAGUGGAAAGAUAUUGACCCUGUUGAUUUGGUCAAUCUUCGAGAAUUAAGUAUGCAUCAUAUUAACAUAUAUUACUCCCUAAGCAACAUUAGAAGAUUGAAAAACCUUAGUACUCUCAGAUUGUUUUGUAAUGAAAUUGAAACACCCUCACAUCGAUUCCCAUCCCUUAAUUUUCUUAAUUGCUGUGAAAAGCUCCAGAAAUUGUGGUUAAAAGGGAAAAUAGAGAAACUGCCAGAUCUGUUUCCGAAUUCCAUCACCAUGAUGGUUCUUUGUAAGUCAAAACUCAUGGAAGAUCCGAUGCCUAUUUUGGGAAUGUUGCCAAACCUAAGAGAUCUCAUAUUAGAAGAUGCUUAUAAUGGAAAAGAAAUAAUAUGCAGUGAUAACAGCUUCCGUCAACUAGAGUUCCUUCAUCUUUAUCAUCUUUGGAACCUAGAAAGAUGGCAUUUAGCCACAAAUGCCAUGCCUCUCAUUAAAGAUCUUCUUAUCCAUCGAUGUUCAAAGCUGAAGGAAAUUCCAGAGAGAAUGAAAGAUGUUGAAGAGAAGUUAAAUGUGGUGGAUCUUUACAAGCAUAUGGAAAGUGUUUUCCAUAAAUAA